AUGGCAAUAACCAAGAAGAAAGGAGAAUCGACCACCAAGGCAGCAACUGUCCAGUCGGCCAAGAAGACCCAGGCCAAGCACGAAAGUUCCGACACCAAAGCUGCUAGUAACAAGUCGGGUGGGUUGGACGAAAUUGAGUCCUUGUUUGCCGAAAAGAAGAAACACAAACAGGAAACUGCAGCCAAGCAACAGCAACAACAACACGAUGCCAAGAAGAAACAAAAGCAGAAAAAGAGUCCCGCUCGUGCAUCCUCAUCCACCACAGAUUGGGUCAAUGAUGGGUUGGGUGGAAGGUUUAAUUCCGAGGGAUACACGGGGCGAGUAGAGGAUGGAAUGAAGAUUUUCAAAACACACUUAUUGCAAUCUACCAAGAGCGGGUCCACUCCGGACUGCCCGUUUGACUGUAAUUGCUGCUUCAUAUGACCACAUCUAUCUAUCUUCGUAGAAAGCUUGUAAGCAGCGACUGUACUAAUGGAUACUAGCUAGGAACUAAAUAUU